AUGGGCGGGUCAGCCUGUCCCGACCCAACCCGACCCGACCCGGGAGCCUGGGUGGCCCGGCCAGGUCGGGUCGGGUCGGGCCGGGCCGGGCUUGUUGCUCAUCUGUACGCCCCCUCCCCGACCGCCCGCCCAUGGCCGGCGGAUCCUGCCCCGACGGCGCGCCCGCUCCCUGCACGCCCGCCCACCCAGGGCCAGUGGCACGCCCCCUCUAUACCCGCCCACGGUCGGGGGAGCCCAGCCCAGCGGCGCGCCCCCUCCUCGCCCGCUUGCGCGCGGCCGGCGGAGCCCGGCCCAGCGGCACGCCCCCUCCUCGCCCUCUUGCCCACGGCCGCCAGAGCCCGCCCCGGCGGCACGCCCCCUCCUCGCCCUCUUGCCCGCGGCCGUCGGAGCCCGGCCCGGCGGCGCGCCCCUACACCGCCCGCCCGCACUCGGCCUCCGAAGCCCGACCCGGCGGCGCGCUCUCCCCCCCCCCCCCUUGCCCUCUUGCCCGCGGCCGGCGGAGCUCGGCCCGGCGGCGCGCCCCUUCACCGCCCGCCCGCCUCUUCAACGUUUGCUCGCCCCUGGCCGCCCAAGCCCGGCCGGCGGCGCCCCCCCUUCCCCAACAGCCCGUCCGUCCAAUAUCAAACACUCAUUCCAUCCACUAUGUUGCGAUGCUUGCAACGUCCAGGCAGAGAUGAUUCCUUUGAUAUGAUUUAUGUCCCGGACUAUGCUUAA